GACAAAUACGUAUGUUUGAGGUCUCACCUGUCCGUCAGUUUCUUGAAGAGUGGACAUUUAGUUUUGUCACUGGAACUAGCUAAAAUGUCAAAACUCGAAUCAAUGCCGACAAAACUAUAGAUCAGGUGGGUACACGGGUUUGGUUGGAUGUUGUCAAUCUUGAAAUGUCCAAUCUCCCAUCGUUGGUCCGAUACGCUGUUAUAGAGACACACAAGUCGUUGAGCCUGAAAGAUUUGAAAAAUCGCUACCCUUUAAUGACCUAAUACAGUAUUUAGACUUUGCAAACUUGCUCGAUGGAUCUGAAAAGCAAGAAAUGAACUUACCCAACCAAGCAACGGUCAGCCAGAGACCUGCAAAUUGACAUACUUCAUCAGAAUAUUCAAACUUCAAACGCAACCCAUCUGACAUGAAAUGUUCAAAAAACAUGUACUGUACAUACUUUACUUGUACGCCUUACCUGCAACAAUGAAUUUCUGCAUGUUGGUACUAUAAAGUUACAAAAAGAGUGAUUAGAGGAAAUGGGAUGCAAGAGUUCAUAUCCUCAGAAUUGAUCAAAUAGCUGAGUUAAGAGCAAUAAAAUAGGAAAUUUUCCUUACAUUUUGUGGGACAGUGAAGAUUUAAUCAGUGACCAAAGAACAUCUGGAAGGAUUGGAUGAAAAAAAAUGGAGGGCUGGUAAUCAUGUUUAGUAUUUUUCAUGGUGCACUCAUCUGAGUUAAGUGACAGCAUGGCUUCAAUUCCCACUCAGUGACGCUGGAUAUGAUUCUGUCAAAAUGUGCCUUGUGAGUGACUGACACAGAGUCCAGUCUACGGUAUAGACUACCUUAUGCCCAAAGUCAGCUGGGAUAGACUUUAGCUACCCGCAAUCCUGAGCAGGAUAAGUGCUAUAGAAAAUGGAUAGAUGGAUUUUUUUUUUUUUAGCAUUGUAUUGUAGUAAAGUCAAGCUUUAUUUUCACUGAUAUUGUAGUGAGCAUUAUCGGGCUACUUGUGGCAUGUUAAAUCUUUUUUUUUUUUUUUUACUUUAAAUGGGUACACUGUAACAAAUUGUCCUGUAAAGUAACAGUAAAGCUUAGCUGCCAGCUUGUUACAGUUUUUUUUUUUUUACAGCUCUGCUACAAACUGUGAGGCAGACGCUCUAACCAGUCGCCCACCGUGCCGCCUGGGGAACACCUAUAAACCCUAUAUUAAGAAAAACCUUACAGGAACCAUCAAAGAAACCAUGGGGAACACCUAUAAACCCUAUAUUAAGAAAAACCUUACAGGAACCAUCAAAGAAACCAAGUGUACCGUGAUAGUUGUUUUCUAUUUGGGAGUGAAAAAAAGCUAACUGGGUUCUAGUUGUUUUCUAUUUGGGAGUGAAUAAAAGCUAACUGGUUUCUUGUUGUUUUCUAUUUGGGAGUGAAUAAAUGCUAACUGGGUUCUAGUUGUUUUGUAUUUGGCACUGAAAAAAAGGUAACUGGGUUCUUGUUGUUUUCUAUUUGGGAGUGAAUAAAAGCUAACUGGGUUCUAGUUGUUUUCUAUUUGGGAGUGAAUAAAAGCUAGCUGGGUUUUAGUUGUUUUCUAUUUGGGAGUGAAUAAAAGCUAACUGGGUUCUAGUUGUUCUAUUUGGGAGUGAAUAAAAGCUAACUGGGGCGUAAACCGUCGCGAGAUGACGCUGCGUCUUUAUUCCGCUGAACUCUCCUUGGAUCAAACACGAACGAUUCCGUUCGUUGUCGUUUCGCUUUUAUGACGAUUGUCGUGACGAAGGUAUAAAACAGCGACACGUGCGCAGCAAGGCCACAGUCGCCGACGUUGUCAGGACGAGGACUAGCAAUCCGCUUCACGCCGACACAAAUUGGAGCGUUUCUUGUGCAAACAUGCAGAUCUUUGUGAAGACAGUUACUGGAAAGAUGAUUGUUCUCAAGGUUGAGGUCAAUGACACCAUUACAAAUUUGAAGACCAAAAUCCAGGACAAGGAAGGCGUUCCCCCACACCUGCAAAGUCUGAUGUUCGCAGGCAAGCAACUGGAAGAUGACCGUACCCUCUCUGACUAUGACAUCCAGAAAGAGUCCACCCUCCAAAAUGUUCUGGGUCUGCGAGGUGGCAUGCAGAUUUUUGUGAAGACCCUCACUGGUAAAACAGUAACUAUUGAAGCUGAGGCUAGUGAUUCUGUAGAAAAUCUAAAAGUCAAAAUCCAGAACAAGGAAGGUAUUCCUCCUCAUCAGCAGAGGCUUAUCUUUGCUGGCAAACAGUUGGAAGAUGGCCACACCCUCUCCGAUUACAACAUUCAGAAAGAGUCUACCCUCCAUCUUGUGCUGCGGCUGCGAGGUGGAAUGCAGAUCUUUGUGAAGACCCUGACUGGCAAGACCAUCACUCUUGAGGUUGAGGGCAGUGACACUGUUGAGAAUGUGAAGGCCAAAAUCCAAGACAAGGAAGGCAUUCCCCCUGAUCAGCAGAGGCUGAUCUUUGCUGGCAAACAGUUGGAAGAUGGUCGCACCCUCUCUGACUACAACGUUCAGAAAGAGUCUACCCUUCAUCUUGUCCUGCGGCUGCGAGGUGGAAUCCAGAUCUUUGUGAAGACCCUCACUGGCAAGACCAUCACUCUUGAGGUUGAAGGCAGCGAUACUGUUGAGAAUGUCAAAGCCAAAAUCCAGGACAAAGAGGGUAUUCCCCCUGAUCAGCAGAGGCUGAUCUUUGCUGGCAAACAGUUGGAAGAUGGUCGCACCCUCUCUGACUACAACGUUCAGAAAGAGUCUACCCUCCAUCUUGUGCUGCGGCUGCGAGGUGGAAUGCAGAUCUUUGUGAAGACCCUGACUGGCAAGACCAUCACUCUUGAGGUUGAGGGCAGUGACACUGUUGAGAAUGUGAAGGCCAAAAUCCAAGACAAGGAAGGCAUUCCCCCUGAUCAGCAGAGGUUGAUCUUCGCUGGCAAACAACUGGAAGAUGGCCGCACCCUCUCUGACUACAACAUCCAGAAGGAGUCCACCCUCCACCUUGUCCUGCGUCUCAGAGGAGGCAUGCAGAUCUUUGUGAAGACCCUGACUGGCAAGACCAUCACUCUUGAGGUUGAGGGCAGUGACACUGUUGAGAAUGUGAAGGCCAAAAUCCAAGACAAGGAAGGCAUUCCCCCUGAUCAGCAGAGGUUGAUCUUUGCUGGUAAGCAACUGGAAAAUGGCCGCACCUUAUCUGACUACAACAUUCAGAAGGAGUCUACCCUUCAUCUUGUCCUGCGUCUCAGAGGUGGGAUGCAGAUUACUGUGAUGACCCUCAUAGGCAAGAUUAUCCCCCUUGAGGUAGAUAGCAGUGACAGUGUUGAGAAUGUGAAGGCCCAAAUCCAGGACAAGGAAGGCUUUCACGCUGACAUGCAGAGGUUGAUGUUUCUUGGACACCUGCUGGAGAAUGGCUGUACCCUCUCUCACUACAACGUCCAUAAAGAUGCUACACUACAUCUUGUCGUAUGGCUACGAGGUGGCAUGCAGAUCUUUGUGAAGACUUUGACUGGUAAAACCAUCACUCUUGAGGUUGAGUCCAGUGACACUGUUGAGAAUGUCAAAGCAAAAAUCCAGGACAAGGAAGGUAUUCCCCCUGAUCAGCAGAGGAUUAUCUUUGCUGGCAAGCAGCUGGAAGACGGGCGCAGCCUUUCUGACUACAACAUCCAGAAAGAGUCCACCCUCCAUCUAGUCCUGCGGCUUCGAGGUGGCGUGCAGAUCUUCGUGAAGACACUCACUGGCAAGACCAUCACCCUUGAGGUCGAGAACAGUGACACAGUUGAGAAUGUCAAAGCCAAAAUCCAGGACAAGGAAGGCAUUCCCCCUGAUCAGCAGAGGUUGAUAUUUGCUGGCAAACAGUUGGAAGAUGGUCGCACCCUCUCUGACUACAACAUUCAGAAAGAGUCUACCCUCCAUCUUGUCCUGCGGCUUCGAGGUGGAAUGCAGAUCUUUGUGAAGACCCUCACUGGCAAGACCAUCACUCUUGAGGUGGAAGGCAGCGAUACUGUUGAGAAUGUCAAAGCCAAAAUCCAGGACAAAGAGGGUAUUCCCCCAGAUCAGCAGAGGCUGAUCUUUGCUGGCAAACAGUUGGAAAAUGGUCGCACCCUCUCUGACUACAACGUUCAGAAAGAGUCUACCCUCCAUCUUGUGCUGCGGUUGCGAGGUGGAAUGCAGAUCUUUGUGAAGACCCUGACUGGCAAGACCAUCACUCUUGAGGUUGAGGGUAGUGACACUGUUGAGAAUGUGAAGGCCAAAAUCCAAGACAAGGAAGGCAUUCCCCCUGAUCAGCAGAGGUUGAUCUUCGCUGGCAAACAACUGGAAGAUGGCCGCACCCUCUCUGACUACAACAUCCAGAAGGAGUCCACCCUCCACCUUGUCCUGCGUCUCAGAGGAGGCAUGCAGAUCUUUGUGAAGACCCUGACUGGCAAGACCAUCACUCUUGAGGUUGAGGGCAGUGACACUGUUGAGAAUGUGAAGGCCAAAAUCCAAGACAAGGAAGGCAUUCCCCCUGAUCAGCAGAGGUUGAUCUUCGCUGGCAAACAACUGGAAGAUGGCCGCACCCUCUCUGACUACAACAUCCAGAAGGAGUCCACCCUCCACCUUGUCCUGCGUCUCAGAGGAGGCAUGCAGAUCUUUGUGAAGACCCUGACUGGCAAGACCAUCACUCUUGAGGUUGAGGGCAGUGACACUGUUGAGAAUGUGAAGGCCAAAAUCCAGGACAAGGAAGGCAUUCCCCCUGAUCAGCAGAGGUUGAUCUUUGCUGGUAAGCAACUGGAAAAUGGCCGCACCUUAUCUGACUACAACAUUCAGAAGGAGUCUACCCUUCAUCUUGUCCUGCGUCUCAGAGGUGGGAUGCAGAUUAUUGUGAUGACCCUCUUGGGCAAGAUUAUCCCCCUCGAGGUAGAUAGCAGUGACAGUCUUGAGAAUGUGAAGGCCCAAAUCCAGGACAAGGAAGGCUUUCACCCUGACAUGCAGAGGUUGAUGUUUCGUGGACGCUUGCUAGAGAAUGACUGUACCCUCUCUCACUACAACGUCCAUAACGAUGCUACACUAUGUCUUGUCGUAUGGCUACGAGGUGGCAUGCAGAUCUUUGUGAAGACUUUGACUGCUAAAACCAUCACUCUUGAGGUUGAGUCCAGUGACACUGUUGAGAAUGUCAAAGCAAAAAUCCAGGACAAGGAAGGUAUUCCCCCUGAUCAGCAGAGGAUUAUCUUUGCUGGCAAGCAGCUGGAAGACGGUCGCAGCCUUUCGGACUACAAGAUCCAGAAAGAGUCCACCUUCCAUCUAGUCCUGCGGCUUCGAGGUGGCGUGCAGAUCUUUGUGAAGACCCUCACUGGCAAGACCAUCACCCUUGAGGUCGAGAACAGUGACACAGUUAAGAAUGUCAAAGCCAAAAUCCAGGACAAGGAAGGCAUUCCCCCUGAUCAGCAGAGGUUGAUAUUUGCAGGCAAACAAUUAGAAGAUGGCCGCACUCUCUCUGAUUACAACAUCCAGAAAGAGUCAACCCUCCAUCUUGUCCUGCGUCUGAGAGGUGGGUGCUAGAGCAACUCGGAUUUCCAAACCUGAAACCUCUCAAGCCAAUAUGUAUGACUUGCUAAAUGUGAUUGAAUAAAAGAUUAAACCAAG